AUGGACGGCCCCGGGGCCAGCGCCGUGAUCGUGCGCGUCGGCAUCCCAGACCUGCAGCAGACGAAGUGCCUGCGCCUGGACCCGGCCGCGCCCGUUUGGGCCGCCAAGCAGCGCGUGCUCUGCGCCCUCAACCACAGCCUCCAGGACGCGCUCAACUACGGGCUCUUCCAGCCGCCCUCUCGGGGCCGCGCCGGCAAGUUCCUAGACGAGGAGAGGCUUCUGCAGGAAUACCCGCCCAACCUAGACACGCCCCUGCCCUACCUGGAGUUUCGAUACAAGAGGAGAGUUUAUGCCCAGAACCUCAUUGAUGAUAAGCAGUUUGCAAAGCUUCACACAAAGGCAAACCUGAAGAAGUUUAUGGAAUACGUCCAGCUGCACAGCACAGACAAGGUGGCCCGCCUGCUGGACAAGGGGCUGGACCCCAACUUCCACGACCCUGACUCAGGAGAGUGCCCGCUGAGCCUUGCCGCCCAGUUGGACGACGCUACCGACCUGCUGAAGGUGCUGAAGAACGGCGGCGCUCACCUGGACUUCCGCACGCGAGACGGGCUCACGGCCGUGCACUGUGCCACGCGGCAGCGGAAUGCGGCGGCCUUGACGACCCUGCUGGACCUGGGCGCCUCACCGGACUACAAGGACAGCCGCGGCCUGACGCCCUUGUACCACAGCGCCCUGGGCGGGGGGGACGCCCUCUGCUGCGAGCUGCUCCUGCACGACCAUGCUCAGCUGGGGACCACCGACGAGAACGGCUGGCAGGAAGUCCACCAGGCCUGCCGCUUCGGGCACGUGCAGCACUUGGAGCACCUGCUGUUCUACGGAGCUGACAUGGGGGCUCAGAACGCCUCUGGGAACACAGCCCUGCACAUCUGUGCCCUCUACAACCAGGAGAGCUGUGCCCGUGUCCUGCUUUUCCGCGGAGCCAACAAGGAUGUCCGCAAUUACAACAGCCAGACAGCCUUCCAGGUGGCCAUCAUAGCGGGGAACUUUGAGCUCGCGGAGGUCAUCAAGACCCACAAAGAUUCGGACGUCGUGCCAUUCAGGGAAACCCCCAGCUACGCGAAGCGGCGGCGGCUGGCCGGCCCGAGCGCCUUGGCCUCACCUCGGCCCCUGCAGCGCUCAGCCAGUGACAUCAACCUGAAGGGCGAGGUGCAGCCGGCAGCUUCUCCUGGACCUUCACUGCGAAGCCUCCCCCACCAGCUGCUGCUCCAGCGACUGCAGGAGGAGAAAGACCGGGACCGGGAUGGGGACCAGCAGAAUGAUGGCAGCCCUGCCACAGGCAGGGGCAGCCAGAGCAAGAUCAGCCCGAGCGGGCCCGGCGGCCCGGGCGGCCCCGGCCCCGCGCCCGGCCCCGGCCCGGCGCCCCCCGCGCCCCCCGCGCCGCCGCCCCGGGGCCCGAAGCGGAAACUUUACAGCGCAGUCCCCGGCCGCAAGUUCAUCGCCGUGAAGGCGCACAGCCCGCAGGGCGAGGGCGAGAUCCCGCUGCACCGCGGCGAGGCCGUGAAGGUGCUCAGCAUUGGGGAGGGCGGUUUUUGGGAGGGGACCGUGAAAGGCCGCACGGGCUGGUUCCCGGCUGACUGCGUGGAGGAGGUGCAGAUGAGACAGUAUGACACCCGGCACGAAACCCGGGAGGACCGGACAAAGCGACUUUUCCGCCACUACACGGUGGGCUCCUACGACAGCCUCUCUGCACACAGUGACUAUGUCAUUGACGACAAGGUGGCUGUCCUGCAGAAACGGGACCAUGAAGGCUUUGGUUUUGUGCUCCGGGGGGCCAAAGCAGAGACUCCCAUCGAGGAGUUCACGCCCACGCCGGCCUUCCCUGCGCUCCAAUACCUCGAGUCGGUGGAUGUGGAGGGCGUGGCCUGGAGGGCAGGGCUGCGCACGGGAGACUUCCUCAUCGAGGUGAAUGGCGUGAACGUGGUGAAAGUCGGACACAAGCAGGUGGUGGCUCUGAUCCGCCAGGGCGGGAACCGCCUCGUCAUGAAGGUGGUGUCAGUGACAAGGAAGCCGGAAGAGGACGGGGCUCGACGCAGAGCCCCGCCGCCCCCUAAGAGAGCCCCCAGCACAACGCUGACCCUGCGCUCCAAGUCCAUGACAGCAGAGCUUGAGGAGCUUGCCUCCAUUCGGAGAAGGAAAGGGGAGAAGCUGGACGAGAUCCUGGCGGCCGCCGCGGAACCGGCACUGAGGCCGGACAUCGCGGAUGCGGACUCGAGAGCGGCCACCGUCAAACAGCGGCCCACCAGUCGGAGGAUCACCCCUGCUGAGAUCAGUUCACUGUUUGAGCGCCAGGGCCUCCCAGGCCCGGAGAAGCUGCCAGGCUCCCUGCGGAAGGGGAUUCCACGGACCAAGUCUGUAGGGGAGGACGAGAAGCUGGCGUCCCUGCUGGAGGGGCGCUUCCCGAGGAGCACGUCGAUGCAGGACACGGUGCGCGAGGGCCGUGGCAUCCCGCCCCCUCCGCAGACCGCGCCGCCGCCCCCUCCCGCCCCCUACUACUUCGACUCUGGGCCGCCCCCCGCCUUCUCGCCACCGCCGCCUCCGGGCCGCGCCUACGACACCGUGCGCUCCAGCUUCAAACCCGGCCUGGAGGCACGCCUGGGCGCGGGCGCCCCGGGCCUGUAUGAUUCAGGCGCGGCCCUGGGUCCGCUGCCUUACCCGGAGCGGCAGAAGCGCGCGCGCUCCAUGAUUAUCCUGCAGGACUCGGCGCCCGAGGCGGCCGACGCCUCUCGGCCCCCGCCAGCGGCCACCCCGCCGGAACGCCCCAAGCGGCGGCCACGGCCACCGGGCCCCGACAGCCCCUACGCCAACCUGGGCGCCUUCAGCGCCAGCCUCUUCGCGCCGUCGAAACCUCAGCGCCGCAAGAGCCCGCUGGUGAAGCAGCUGCAGGUGGAGGAUGCGCAGGAGCGCGCGGCCCUGGCCGUGGGCAGCCCCGGCCCGGGCGUCGGCAGCUUCGCCAGGGAGCCCUCUCCGACGCACCGCGGGCCGCGGCCCAGCGGCCUCGACUACGGCCCCGGAGAUGGCCCCGGGCUGGCGUUUGGCGGCCCGGCCCCAAGCAAGGACCGGCGGCUGGAGGAGCGGCGGCGCUCCACCGUGUUCCUGUCUGUGGGCGCCAUCGAGGGCAGCCCUCCGACCGCGGACAUGCCCUCCCUGCAGCCCUCCCGCUCCAUCGAUGAGCGCCUUCUGGGAACCGGCGCCACCACCACCGGCCGUGACCUGCUGCUGCCCUCCCCAGUUUCUGCUCUGAAGCCAUUGGUUAGCGGCCCGAGCCUCGGGCCUUCCGGCUCCACUUUCAUCCACCCGCUCACCGGCAAACCCCUGGACCCUAGCUCGCCUUUGGCCCUGGCCCUGGCGGCUCGCGAGCGGGCUCUGGCCUCCCAGGCGCCCUCCCGGUCCCCUACACCUGUGCACAGCCCCGACACCGACCGGCCCGGGCCCUUGUUUGUGGAUGUGCAGGCCCGGGACUCGGAGCGAGGGCCUCUGGCCUCGCCAGCCUUCUCCCCCAGGAGCCCAGCCUGGGUUCCCGUGCCUGCGCGGAGGGAGCCCGAGAAGGUGCCCCGGGAGGAGCGCAAGUCCCCGGAGGACAAGAAAUCCAUGAUCCUCAGCGUCCUGGACACGUCCCUGCAGCGGCCCGCUGGCCUCAUCGUCGUGCACGCCACCAGCAAUGGGCAGGAGCCCAGUGGGCUGGGGGCCGAAGAGCAGCGCCCUGGCACCCCGGAGCUGGCCCCGGCCCCCACACAGUCCGCUGUGGUCACAGAGCCCCUGCCGAGCCCCCGGGCCCAGCCCCCCGGCAGUGCCCCCGCUGACCCCGGGCCCGGCCAGGGCAGCUCCGAGGAGGAGCCGGAGCUGGUAUUCGCUGUGAACCUGCCGCCAGCCCAGCUGUCCUCCAGUGACGAGGAGACCAGAGAGGAGCUGGCCCGCAUCGGACUCGUGCCGCCUCCCGAAGAGUUUGCCAACGGGGUCCUGCUGGCCACGCCACUCCCCGGCCCAGGCCCUUCGCCCACCACGGUGCCAGGCCCGGCCUCAGGGAAGCCGAGCACUGAGCCGCCGCCCGCCCCGGAGUCCGCGGCAGAUUCGGGGGUAGAGGAGGCCGACACGCGCAGCUCCAGCGACCCCCACCUGGAGACCACGAGCACCAUCUCCACCGUGUCCAGCAUGUCCACCCUGAGCUCAGAGAGCGGGGAACUCACGGACACCCACACCUCCUUCGCUGACGGACAUACUUUUCUACUCGAGAAGCCACCAGUGCCUCCCAAGCCCAAGCUCAAGUCCCCGCUGGGGAAGGGGCCGGUGACCUUCAGGGACCCGCUGCUGAAGCAGUCCUCCGACAGUGAGCUCAUGGCUCAGCAGCACCACGCCGCCACCGCCGGGCUGGCCUCUGCUGCCGGGCCUGCUCGCCCUCGCUACCUCUUCCAGAGAAGGUCCAAGCUGUGGGGGGACCCCGUCGAGAGCCGGGGGCUCCCUGGGCCCGAAGACGACAAGCCAACUGUGAUCACUGAGCUCAGCUCGCGCCUGCAGCAGCUGAACAAAGACACCCGCUCCCUGGGGGAGGAGCCAGCCGGCGGCCUGGGCGGCCUGCUGGACCCGGCCAAGAAGUCUCCCAUCGCGGCAGCUCGGCUCUUCAGCAGCCUCGGUGAGCUGAGCACCAUCUCAGCGCAGCAGCGCAGCCCCGGGGGCCCGGGCGGCGGGCCCUCCUACCCCGUGCGGCCAGGCGGCCGCUACCCUGUGGCGCGGCGUGCCCCGAGCCCGGUGAAGCCCGCGUCGCUGGAGCGGGUGGAGGGGCUGGGGGCGGGGGCGGGGGGCGCGGGGCGGCCCUUCGGCCUCACGCCCCCCACCAUCCUCAAGUCGUCCAGCCUCUCCAUCCCCCACGAGCCGAAGGAGGUGCGCUUUGUGGUGCGCAGCGUGAGCGCGCGCAGCCGCUCGCCCUCGCCUUCGCCGCUGCCCUCGCCAGCGCCCGGCCCGGGCCCUGGGGCCCCCAGCCCCCGCCGGCCCUUCCAGCAAAAGCCCCUGCAACUCUGGAGCAAGUUCGACGUGGGCGACUGGCUGGAGAGCAUCCACUUGGGCGAGCAUCGCGACCGCUUCGAGGACCACGAGAUCGAGGGCGCGCACCUGCCGGCGCUCACCAAGGACGACUUCGUGGAGCUGGGCGUCACGCGCGUGGGCCACCGCAUGAACAUCGAGCGCGCGCUCAGGCAGCUGGACGGCAGCUGA